GACCUCGACAAUCUGAAGGAGAUGGUAUAUGAGGUCAACCCGCUUAUGCUUGCAAUCACCAUGGCGGCCAUGGCAUUGCAUAUGCUGUUUGAGUUCCUGGCAUACAAGGAAGACGUGUCGUUCUGGAACAAGGAGGGCGAGUCCGAGUGGCAGGGUAUCUCGCGGUCGUCGGUCCUAAUGGGUGUAGUCAGCUCCUGGAUCGGCUUGCUGUACCUCUGGGACCAGCGCAGCACGACCAGCGUGGUUGUGCUAAUUGGCUCUGCCGUCGGUGCCGUGGUCGAGGGUUGGAAGCUGACAAGGCUCUGGAAUCUCAGCCUGUUUUCCCGCAAGCCAACGACCCGCGCCAGCACUACAAAGCCAAAGACCAGCGAGGAAAACGAAUUCGCGCGUGUCCAACGCCAAGUUGACCAGCAGACGCUCUGGUACAUGCAGCGGGUGUGCGUUCCCGCCAUGGCCGCCUAUGCGGCGUUCUCGCUGGUGUACCAGGAACACAAAUCGUAUGUGAGCUGGGGCUUGCAUGUCAGUCUCGCCACUGUGUAUGCCCUUGAGUUUAUCCAAAUGUGGCCGCAGCUGAUGAUCAACCACAAGCUGAAAUCGGUCGACAUGCUCCCGCUGACUGCCUUCCUAUAUCGCUUCCUGGUCACAUUCACUGACGACCUGUUCGCUAUGGUUGUGCCAAUGCCGCUGAUAUCGCGCAUUGGGACUUUGCGCGAUGACGUGGUCUUUUUUGUGCUUUGCUACCAG